ACAUUACACCUUUAUCCACUUAUGACUUCAAUUAUAAAAAAAUAAUUUAUAACAUACCCAUACAGCACAAACACAUUUCGGAAAUAUUUCAAAAAUGUUGUAUUGAAAUAUUUGUAAUGUUGUAUAAAUAAUACGAAACGUCCCAGAAACAUUUCGGAAAUGUGCCUGAAAUAUAAAAAUGACCUGUAAAUUUAAUAUUUUACAGCAAUAUUUCAGAAAUGUAGUUUUAUUUCAUAAAUAUUAUGAAACGUUGUAGAAACGUUUCUAAAAUAUUUCUGGAAUAUCAAUGCAAAAUGAAUGCGACAUUACACUGUUUUUAUUAUAUCUAGCGUAUUUUUAUUAUGUCACAUGAAUUAGUGACUCUCUUUCGUAGAUCCCCUUCAUUUUCAAUAUAAGUUUUGUAUACCAACAGUUUAAGGUAUCCCCAAAGAAAAUAAUCUAUAUAUCGGGCGAGCGUGGGGGCCAUGGUUGUGGGCCUGCUCUCCCAAUCAAGAUAGAACACAUUAGGUCUAGGUAUAAAAAAAUGAGGUCCAAUGGGAUGGUAUCUGAUAAUUCUAACCCAAAUAUUAAAAGACAAAAUUAUUUUCAAUUAAGGAGUGUGGAUUGCUUUCGGUCCAUAUGUAAUUGUAUGGAAAUUAAUAAUUGAAUUGCGAGAAAACAAGCAGGACCCGUGUGGUAUCUAGACCUUGUACGCGACCAACAAAUGCUGGAAUGUGUUCAACCCCGCGCCACCCGGCUUACUUUUGGCCGCAUCAGACCAUCAUGCGAGGAAAGGUUAGAAAUGGGAAAUCUUAUAACAUUCCAACAGAGACGUCUCCGCUGUGACCUAAUUCUGUGGUUUCGAAUAAUAAAAGAUAACUUUGGCGACCUUAAUCAAGCUUUUCCUCUAAAUACUGACUCCCGACUUCGUGGACAUUCGCUAAAACUACAGAAAGAAAACUUCAAAACAAGAACGAGACAACAUUUUCUGAGUAACAGAAUCUUCGAAGUCUGGAACAACCUGCCCCAAGAAAUUAUAGAUUCCCAAAGUGUCAAUAUUUACAAAAAUAAUAUAGACAGACAUAUUUUUCACAAUUCAUAAUAAUGAUAUAUUUUUGGAUUCACCACUUGAACAAUGUUCGAACUUACAUUUGCAUGUAGCUCAUUUUCGAAUUUAAUUUUGGAACUGUAUUUAGUCUUAAGAUUUAUUUUUAAAUCAUUUCUUGAUUUAAUAGUUUUCAGGUUAAUUAAUUUGCUCUUUUUUUACUGGGCACAAUAGGAUACCGUCCACAAAAGGCUAGUCUUAAAAACAAAUCGUUUUCCACUUUUUCCCUAUGUUUCUUGUGUGGUCCAGACAUAUCCAAUUAGGUAAAUUUUAUUGUUUUUCUCGUAAACUAAGCAAGAUACAAAAAAAAUGUAUCUUUAAUUGCUCAAUCAGAAAAAAAUAUAAAAGUUACAAAAAAUUUAGUGUCGUACAUUUUUUUUGUCAACAAUAUUCGAUAAAGUGCCGCUCGGGACGCCACUGGACGCCACGUUUAAUGUUUAAUCAAGUUAAGAGCUAAAUUAGCCUGAUAAUACUACAAAUAAUACUGCAAAAUUACAAUAAAUUAGGUAAAGGAUAUUUAAAAUAUUUACGAAAAACCACAUUUUUUUAAUAAGUUUAACACCCUGUAUCUUGAAAAUUAACCAUUUGCAGAUCCAUGUUUACAUGAACUUUUUGUCUUAAAAUCACCCAAAGAAAUCGUCCGUUAAAUAUAUUGUACAUACUUAUGUUAAG